AUGGUGAAUUGGCAAACAUUGUUCAUGGUCUCAUUGAGGAGACAGGGCAGUUCCUCUCGUUACAGGUAUAAGUUCAACAUGGAGAAUAUCACACAUCAGGUGUUCCCUCGCUGUAAGCAAGCGUUUAAGAAGACAAACUUAUCUUAUGAAUAUUGUGAUCUUGAAGGAGUACUGUAUAAUAUUUCACUCACGGACUUGCAAAAACUGCUAUUACGUGAUAUAAACGCCCCUCGCGAACACGCAUUCAAGAUUGUUAGAACAGAUCUAACUCAAAAAUCCUCGAAGAAGAGGAUCCAACACUGGGAACGGAUUGCGCCUAUGUUUGACCACCCCUUAAGUCUCUACGAGAAGUUGUUCAGCGAAAUGGAUGAGGACUUCAAGCCAUCUUUCGAGUGGCAACAAUUAAUAAGGGUACGAUGCAAAGAUGAUAAGUUGAAACUGCAGCGUGUAAUUUGGCCUAAGUCGAUAUUUUCAAACUUUUGUCGGGGAAUCGGGGUUAAGAAGAGCACUUACGAUAGACUCUUGGAACAAAAUAAUGGUGAGGUACCCAUGUUUGUAAACCCAGCUAAUGCAAAGCCCUUGCCUCUUUUCCAGGUUUCCGAUGAGGCGAUGAUUGGGGAAUUCGAUGGAAUUGGUAUUUUCCCUUACUUUGUAGAUAAACAUAGAGAAUUUUUCGUUACUGAGGUAGACAAAUUGAAGACCAAGAUAGCUUCGCCACUUUGCACCUUGAAUGAACGAAAGCGCAUUGAGAAGGCUAACGCUGGUCGGAUACUGGCGAACGAAGAGGGUAAACCAUUCUAUCUGGAUGCAAACAGUGCCACAACUCGAAUCGCUGGUGGUAAUGUCGUCACUUUGAAGCAACUUUUAGAAAGAUCGGUUAGCCAUAAGACAUUGUGGAGCAAACAAUCAAACAAAGACAGAACGUGCCCUGGAGACAUUUUAAGAGCUACAAUAUUAUCAAACGACUUCUCCAUCCGGCAAUUGAGGGCUGAAUUUUGCAAAAAUUUCAUUCUCUACAAUAUAUUCACCAUUUUACAACGUAACAAGAAAAGCAUCCGUUCCUUCUCUGGUAACGAUAAUGCGCCUUCCUUUCAAUUUAGUUGGAAUGUUUGGGACUCAUAUAUAUGGAAGCAAUAUCAAGAGACCGAGUCCAUGAAAAUACCCACGGACCAAGCUUCUCUGAUCAACUACAAGACAAAAUACGACUCUUUUCUUCAUGACCUACAAACAUAUUCCGCACUGGUAAUUUCAGAAAUGAAAUGGAACCAAUUCUCUAUUUUCCAAAAUGAUGAAACGACUUUAUCAAGAUUUGAACACAUCACAUUAAUUUUGCAAACCGUGCUGACAAAAUCGAAAAUGAUUAGAAUUUUCCAGCCAAACUUGUACAAGUUUAUGCAAGAUGAUUUAAGACCAACUUUAAUGGAGUUGGUGGGUUUCACUGAGUCAAUAAAUGCAACAAUAGAACCUGGUUUUGCGAAUGAACAAUCGCUACAAUCUGCAAACGGAUUAAAGAAAUUGGCCAACCAACUUUUAUACUUCGAACAGGAAAUAUAUGGCGAAAAGUUCCGCGUAAAUAGGCCCAUCCAGCUUCGUCCAAUAACAUUAUCAGCAAACUACAAAAUUGUUAUUCUGGAUAAGAAGAACGCCAUACCCGAAAUAUUUCAAACCCUACUGAAAUUCAUGACACAAAUAACGACAUAUUUUGUUAAAGAUUUGUCGGAGGUAGAACUUCAUGGGCACAUGCAUUGUAUUGAUAAAAAAAUGCUGGACAAGUCGAAAUUCAUGUAUUUAUACGAAGAGAAAAGCAACGAGGAAGUGAAAGCAGCUUCUCCUCAAAAGGAGAAGAUAGUAGAUAAUAUCAUUGGCCUAUUAUCAAAUGAUGAAGAACAUUAA